AAUCUACGUACGGUUCACACAAAUCACAACGCAUUAACAAAUCUCGCUCCCUGUUAAGUUACUUACUACAUAUAGAUAAAAAUUAAAAACAUGGAUGCAUUAACAAAGCCCAAUGGUGCAAAUUCAAGCCCUCUUAGUCCUGUUGGAUUCCUAGAGAGAGCAGCAAUCAUAUACACCGACUCUCCUUCAAUCGUCUACAACAAUGUUACCUACACAUGGGCAGAUACAUUUCGUCGUUGUCGAAAACUAGCUUCAUCCAUCUCUCGCCUCGGCAUUGGGAAAGGCGACGUUGUUUCCGUACUUGCACCAAAUAUCCCGGCCACUUAUGAGCUUCAUUUUGCUGUCACCAUGACUGGGGCCGUCAUCAACGCAAUCAACACACGUUUGGAUGCACGUACCGUCUCAACCCUCCUUGCUCACAGCGAAUCCAAGCUCGUUUUCGUUGACUACCAACUCAUUCCUCUUAUCCAAGAAGCGUUUUAUUUACUCUCAGAUGGAUUAGUUCCUUGUCCAUCACUUGUUGUUAUAACAGAUGGUGAUGCAGCGGCAGGUGAUCAUGAUUCACCUGCCGCUGCAUCAUUUAGAACUACUUAUGAAUCAAUGGUGGAAGCCGGUGAUCCUGGAUUUAUCUGGGUCCGGCCCAAAAGUUAUUGGGACCCGUUAACGUUGAUGUACACUUCCGGGACAACUUCGUCCCCGAAAGGCGUGGUCCACAGCCAUCAUGGGACGUUUAUCGGAACCAUUAGUUCUCUUUUUGACUGGUUUGUACCGAAACAACCUGUCUACCUGUGGACGCUGCCAAUGUUUCAUGUAAGCGGUUGGAACUUUGUCUGGGGUACCGCUGCAGUCGGUGGCACAAACGUUUGUGUACGCAAAUUCAACGCUUCUAUAAUAUACGAUUCGAUCCAAAAGUUUCACGUGACUCACAUGUGUGGCGCCCCGGUUGUGCUUAACAUGUUGACAGAAAAAUUAGUUACACACAAGGUUCAUAUAUUGACAAGUGGAGCCCCACCUCCACCUGCUGUGUUGUUACGAGUCGAAUCCCUUGGAUUUAAAGUGACGCAUAUAUAUGGACUGACUGAAGCAGGGGGACCGGCCACGACUUGUGCAGGGAACAAAGAAUGGGAUAGUUUGGCAGCGAGCGAUAGAGCUCGACUAAAAGCAAGACAAGGAGUCAGAAGUGUUGGGAUGUCUGAUGUGGAUGUGGUGAAUCCUGAGUCAGGGGUGAGUGUGACCCGGGACGGGUUGACUCAAGGAGAGAUAGUGAUUAAAGGCGGGUCGGUAAUGUCUGGUUACUUGAAGGAUCCAGAAUCAAAUACCAAGUUUAUAAGAAACGGAUGGUUUUACACGGGGGACGUGGGGGUGAUGCACCCGGACGGGUAUUUGGAAAUCAAGGACAGGUCAAAAGAUGUGAUCAUAAGUGGUGGAGAGAAUAUAAGUAGUGUGGAGGUGGAGUCUAUCUUGUACUUGCAUCCGGCCGUGAAUGAGGCGGCGGUCGUGGGACGACCUGAUGAGUAUUGGGGUGAGGCGCCGUGUGCCUUUGUGAGUCUAAAAGAUGGUGACCAGCCGGGGACGCCACGGCCGACGGCCCAAGACAUAAUGAAGUUUUGUAAAGGUAAGUUGCCAGGAUAUAUGGUGCCAAAAUCAGUUGUUUUCAAGGAUGAGCUUCCAAAGACGUCCACAAGCAAGAUUCAGAAAAAUGUGCUAAGGGAUAUUGCCAAAACUAUGGGAUUUCCAGAAAUAAGUCGGCUCUAAUCAGAAUUAUAGAUGGUGAUGAAUAAGUGCCCAUUAAUGUUCAAAAAAAAGAAUAAGCGCCUAUUGCAUGUUUACAAUAUGUUACUUGUCUUGUUUACAUCUUAGUACCUUUUUAAUUCCGUUAGGCGUGCGUGAAGAAAUAAAUUAAGCUGUUAACGUAUAUGUUACUCCAUGAAAAAUUGGAGCAUUUACCUUUAAAUUUGAUAUUUUUGAUUUAAUUAUUAUUAUUAUCAUUAUUUUUGAAUAAAA